CCGAGGCGGGCGGCGGCCAUCUUGGCAGCGGCCAUGAGCGGCUCCAGGGCGCGGGCGGCGGCGGCGGCGCCGGGGCCGGACAAGAAGCUGCCGCCGGGCUCCGCGGGGCCGCUCAGCCGCCUGCGGGGCCGGCGCGGAUCGGCCGAUGCGCCGCCGCGGCAGCCCUGGACCGAGUCCGAGUUGCUGGCGCUGGAGACCGUCCGGCCCGAGCACGUCCUGGGGCUGUGCCGGGUGACGGAGAAUUAUUUAUGCAAACCUGAGGACAACAUUUACAACAUCGACUUCACCAGGUUUAAGAUCCGGGACCUUGAGACUGGAACAGUACUAUUUGAAAUUGCCAAGCCGUCUGCUUCAGAGCACGCAGAGGAGGAUGAAGAUGACAGCAGUGAACUGGAUGCAAGUGCAGGUCGCUUUGUUCGCUACCAGUUCACCCCAGCGUUUCUCCGUCUUCGCACUGUUGGUGCAACAGUGGAAUUCACAGUGGGAGAAAAGCCAGUGUCAAACUUCCGAAUGAUUGAGAGGCAUUACUUCCGAGAUCGCUUGCUGAAGAACUUUGAUUUUGAUUUUGGUUUCUGCAUCCCAAGUAGCAGGAACACAUGUGAACACAUUUAUGAAUUCCCUCAGCUCUCAGAAGACCUUACGCUGGCCCUGCGGUGCCGCCGGCUGCACACCGUGUACCAGAGCGCGGAGCUGCCCGAGACGCACCAGAUGCUGCGGCAGACGGUCCGGGACUUCGCAGAGAAGGAGCUGAUGCCGCUGGCAGCGCAGUUGGACAAGGAGCACCGCUUCCCGGCCGAGCAGGUGAAGAAGAUGGGUGCCUUGGGGCUGCUGGCUAUGGACGUGCCAGAGAAGUACAAAGGAGCAGGCCUUGACUACCUGGCCUAUUCCAUCGCUGUGGAGGAGAUCAGCAGGGGCUGCGCGUCCACGGGCGUCAUUGUCAGCGUCAAUAACUCCCUGUAUUUAGGGCCAAUACUCAAGUAUGGCUCUGAAGAGCAGAAGCACCAGUGGAUUGCUCCCUUCACCAGUGGAGAGAAAAUUGGAUGUUUUGCCCUCAGUGAACCAGGGAAUGGCAGCGACGCGGGUGCGGCCUCCACGGUGGCGCGCCUGGAUGGGGACGAGUGGGUGCUGAACGGUACCAAGGCCUGGAUCACCAACGCCUGGGAUGCCUCGGCCACCGUGGUGUUUGCUACCACGGAUAAAUCCCUGAAGCACAAGGGCAUUAGUGCAUUCCUGGUUCCCAUGCCAACAGCUGGGCUGUCACUGGGGAAGAAAGAAGACAAAUUGGGAAUCCGAGCCUCUUCCACUGCUAACCUGAUAUUUGAGGACUGCCGGAUACCCAAGGGCAACCUCCUGGGGCAGCCAGGAAUGGGCUUCAAAAUCGCCAUGCAAACUCUGGAUGGAGGAAGGAUUGGUAUUGCCUCACAGGCACUUGGAAUAGCACAGGCAGCUCUGGACUGUGCUGUGGAUUAUGCUGAGAAGAGAAUGGCCUUUGGGUCACCCAUCACAAAGCUCCAGGCAGUGCAGUUCAAGCUGGCAGACAUGGCUGUGGCCUUGGAGGGUGCACGCCUGCUGACCUGGAGAGCUGCUAUGCUGAAGGACAAUGGAAAGCCCUUCACUAAGGAAGCGGCAAUGGCCAAACUGGCUGCAUCAGAAGCUGCAACGUUUAUUGCUCAUCAGGCUAUCCAGAUCCUGGGUGGGAUGGGCUAUGUGACAGAGAUGCCAGCGGAACGGCACUACCGCGACGCGCGCAUCACCGAGAUCUACGAGGGGACCAGCGAGAUCCAGCGACUGGUGAUCGCAGGGCAGCUGCUGAAGGCCUACCGGGGCUGAGGGAGCUGCCUGGAGCAGCACCUGCCCCGAGUGCAUCGUAAUGGUGCACAGUCAUGGAGUUUGACCCUCUUGAAUGAGGCUAUUGGGGGAGGUUUUCCUCACCAAUGAGUAACUGACCCUCUAGUUAAAAUGUGCUGAUUCUUCUUUGGACAAAGUAUGGUGCACUGAGGUUUGUAAGUUAUGUGAGUGCAGGAGGGAGGAGGCAACCUGCUCACAGGGCAGCCUGGGGCUUUUGCUGAAUGGGACUGUUGGAAUGACUUGGUAGUGGCAAAAUGACAGCAGCUGCCAGCCACUGUGUGUUUUGCUGGAUUUGUCACUACAUGGCACUGGAUAACCAGUGCCAGAGUUAGAGAUGCUGAGAGCCUGUGCCCUGCUUCGGGCUGCUGGUCACGUGCCUCUGCAGGUCAGACUUCAGUGGAGUUCAGGUGAGGGAUGCAGCUGUGUGAGCUCCUAAGGGGACAGCCCGGGCUGAGGGAAUCCCUGCAGGAGGGCACUUCUCACUUCCAGCAGGAGGAGCCAGACAAGAGGACAUGCAGGGACAACCCACACACAGAGGAAUCUGAGCAGAGACUGUAGCUGCUGUCUGCAUAGAUUUGAAAACAAAGAAUUCCUCGAUCUGGGCCAGCAGGGCCCAGCACCUGCUCACUCAGCUGCUCUGGGAUGUAGGGAUAGAAGCAAAGGACAGCAAAGCUGCAGUGCCUAGGAGUAUUUUGUAAAAGAACCAAAACAAAAAAAAAAACCCUCUUCUCCCAUAUCUACUUCUGCAAUAUCAGCAGGAAGGGAAGUGCCUGAUGGGACAGUAACAGCUUUUAAUCUUGACAUGUUUUGGGCAACAAGGAAAUGAAGAGAUGACGUGCAAACCUCACCAGGAAGCUUUAGCAGUAGCACAUCCUCAAUCAGUGAUCAUUGGUAAGACAUAAGGAGCAUCAACAACCAAAGGAAAAGCUCUAAACUCAGGAGAAGAGAGAGAGGAUUAAGACUAGAGCCUGUAUGGUCGAGUCCACCUCCUUGUCCAGACAAGUACACUAGAGGGAAAUGUUAUUUUCCUGUGGUGCCAUUUAUUUAGACUUGUGUGCAGAGAAGAGCAGGAUUCUGUUACACGAGAGAGCAGAGAAGACAAAUAAAACCUGAUUUUAAAGGAC